AUGGCUGUUCAGUGCCUUAACUUGAUCGCUUCCUCCUUCCUCUUCUCCCUACUCCUCUCUUAUCUUUCUUCUCCCAUUCUCUCACACCAAACACUUCAAACAAAGAAACAAGCUUCUUCCUCCAUCAACUUCCAACGCCAUGAGCACUCCCACUUAUCGGUACCAAGGCCUUAUCCUCCUCUAUCUAAUGGCAACCUUCUCAAGAACAAGAAGAGGAGAAGUAUGAGGAGAAGGAAGAGCUUUUCAGGUCAUUAUCAGGUUGGGGAAUUGGUCUUCUCCGCCAUGCUUCCACGAGGUUUUGUUCCUCCUUCAGACUCUUCUUCCUGUCACAACGACGCACCAGAGUCCAUCAACGCCGUCCACGGCUUGCUCUGCGGUGAUGAUCGUCGUCAAGUCUCUACGCCUUAA